GCUGCUUUUAAUCGAGAAGAGCUGAAUAAUUGGAAACAGGCACAUCGUUCAGUCAGCUGACCUGUCUUGUGAUAGCAGGCUCAGUUGUGAAGCUUGACUCGCUGUAAUAGACUGGAUAUACUUCAGUAAAAUUCACGUCUCCUGUUUGUUACUUUUACUUGAAUAAUAAUUCACAAUGACGAGCCAAGGGUUGCCAAAAAUCAGUAAUGAAGAGAGGGAGGCCAAAUUUGGCUAUGUAUAUGCUGUAUCUGGUCCUGUGGUUACAGCUGAGAAAAUGUCAGGAUCAGCUAUGUAUGAGUUGGUCAGAGUAGGAUACUAUGAACUAGUAGGAGAAAUUAUUCGUUUAGAAGGUGAUAUGGCCACUAUCCAGGUGUAUGAAGAAACCAGUGGUGUAACUGUAGGUGAUCCUGUCUUACGUACUGGAAAACCAUUGUCCGUAGAACUUGGACCUGGUAUACUUGGCAAUAUCUUUGAUGGUAUUCAAAGACCAUUGAAGGACAUCAACGAGCUUACAAGCUCUAUUUACAUCCCAAAGGGUAUUAAUGUGCCAGCAUUAUCAAGAAACACUGUUUGGGAAUUUAAUCCAUCUAAUAUCAAAAAUGGUAGUCACAUUACUGGCGGAGAUCUGUUUGGUGUGGUUUAUGAAAACACAUUAGUGAAACACAGAAUGAUUUUGCCUCCAAAAAGCAAGGGUACUGUAACUUAUGUUGCACCUGCUGGAAACUAUACAGUAUCUAUGCGUUCAAGGAGGUACUACAGCAAUUCCAGGUGCUUUCGGUUGCGGUAAAACUGUAAUUUCGCAAGCUUUAUCAAAGUAUUCGAACUCUGAUGUUAUUAUUUACGUCGGUUGUGGAGAACGUGGUAAUGAAAUGUCUGAAGUACUACGUGAUUUUCCCACUUUAACGGUGGAAAUUGAUGGAGUCAUCGAAUCUAUCAUGAAGCGUACAGCUUUGGUUGCUAAUACUUCAAACAUGCCUGUAGCUGCUCGUGAGGCGUCCAUUUAUACGGGUAUUACUCUAUCAGAGUACUUUAGAGAUAUGGGUUAUAACGUGUCUAUGAUGGCUGACUCGACAUCUCGUUGGGCAGAAGCUCUUCGUGAAAUUUCUGGUCGAUUAGCUGAAAUGCCUGCUGAUUCCGGUUAUCCGGCCUAUCUUGGAGCUCGUUUAGCUAGUUUCUAUGAACGUGCAGGAAGAGUGAAAUGUUUGGGUAAUCCCGAUCGUGAAGGUUCUGUCAGUAUAGUAGGUGCUGUAUCACCACCAGGUGGUGAUUUUUCUGAUCCUGUUACUAGUGCAACUCUGGGUAUCGUACAGGUAUUCUGGGGUCUUGAUAAGAAACUCGCACAACGAAAACAUUUUCCAUCCAUUAACUGGCUUAUUUCAUACAGUAAAUAUCUUCGGGCUUUAGACGAUUUCUAUGAUAAAAAUUUCCCGGAGUUUGUUCCUUUGAGAACGAAAGUAAAGGAGAUCUUACAGGAGGAAGAAGAUUUGUCAGAAAUUGUACAGUUAGUCGGUAAAGCUUCUCUUGCUGAAACAGAUAAAAUUACUCUAGAAGUUGCGAAACUUCUAAAAGACGAUUUCUUGCAACAAAACAGUUAUUCACCAUAUGAUCGAUUCUGUCCAUUUUACAAAACUGUCGGAAUGUUACGAAACAUGAUCGCAUUCUACGAUAUGGCAAGGCAUGCAGUUGAAUCUACAGCACAAUCAGACAAUAAAAUAACGUGGAAUGUCAUUAGAGAUAGCAUGUACAAUAUUCUCUAUCAGUUGUCUUCUAUGAAAUUUAAGGAUCCAGUGCAAGAUGGUGAAGCAAAGAUCAGGGCUGAUUUUGAUCAGCUACAUGAAGAUAUUCAACAGGCAUUUAGAAAUUUAGAAGAUUAAUUAUCAGAAGCAUUCAUAUAUACAUAAGUUCUCUAUGUUCAGGAACCUUAUGCUGGUCAUUUAAGGAUGUCCUGAAUCUACCAAACAAAAAUAUAACGAAUAUUCGUAAUCACGUAUCGCACACAAAACUGUUAUAUUCUUAAUAAUUACAAGAAAAUUGUUGUAUAUAAAAAAAGAGUUACAAAUAUAAAAUUUAUUAUAAUUUUAUGUGUAUUAUCCUACAUUUAAACAAAAUCAUACGUGAUGGCUGAACCUUUGAAGUUAAUAGGACGUCCUUAAAUGCAUUUCCAGCUUUUGCAAGUAUUUAUAUAUUAAGUACUAUAACAAGUUAUUUCAAAUCCUUGAAAUGAAGUAUGUAAUUAGUUUAAAUUGUUGAAAAACAAGAUGAGAUGGCGAUUCAAGCUUCCAUCUAUUUUAUUUGCUGUAAAAAUGAAAUUUAAUCAUAGAAGGGUCAAUGUAAAAAAACUUUCAUGUGUAAAAUGAGAGUAAAUGCGUUAUAAGAAGCUUUCUAUUCAUCCAUAUAUGUUGUUUUCUUAAAAAGAAAAAAAUCUUUCUGUAUUUUGUUGCAGCAUAGGAUGAAAUAGUAGCUUUUUACAAAUGAAUGGAAUUUCAAUUAAAGAGUAUUAAAUAUUGUAUUAUAAUAAUAUAUUAUGUAAACGUGUUAAGUGACGAAUGCAGACAUUACAUAAAAGUAGAUGUUAUUUUAAACGUUAAAACCGUUAAAAUGUGACUUGAAAGUUUAAAAAAAAGAUGUCAAAAUGUUAGAACUGUUGAGGUGCAGGGUCUUUUAUCGUUAAAAAGAAAAUAUAAAGAAAAAUGCAUCGUAAACAAUGUUCCAGUAACUUCGACAUUUCCAUUGUACCAUAUGUAAAAAACGAAUAAACAUUAUACAUAAAAAGACCAACCUUCGUUCAAGAUUGUCAAUGGUUAAAUAAAAAUAACAAUAUAUAUGUUUUCGGUAAAUUUCAUUUUAAUAAUAAUAUAACAAUAACCUUCGCGGUAUGUACAUCAACGAUAUAUUACAAACCAGUGUUUAAUUUUUUCACUGAUUCUGACGCAUUUUCAGCGUUCAGGAGUCCUAGGUUGAAAAAAAUAUGUUUAUUGCUAUAUGCGUACGUAUAUGCAUAUGUACACACACGU